CAUUGGAACCUAAUAACUAGAGUGUUUGUUUGUUUCAAAUAUAUGUCAUUUCUCUCUUAUUUUGAGUGAAAGUUGAAAAUCAAAAAUGGAAUUUUCAAACACAAACGUAUACAAACAAAUGAUGCGAUGUCCAGACGAAGUGAAAAAUCCUACGAAGGCACUUGUUUGCUGAGCAAAUUGUGUCAUGCGAAUGGUUGUGGCUGUGUUCGUGGCGAACGAUCCAGCACAUCGAGCGACAUACUGAAAACCGGGCUCACUUCGAAGCGAAGUUAUGAUAAGUCUGUUAUUUGUGCAGGUCCUGGCCUGUUCACACCCCGAUGUUUCGAAGGCAACUGCAGCGUAACCGAAGCAGAAGAGCUGAGCAACCAAAGCAUAUAUUCUUGCUUCAAGAAGCUGGACCGAUUGUCACAUGCUGUAAUCAAUCACUAAACAUUCCAAGUCAUCAAAUCGUGAGUGAGAAUCAGGAAUCAAAUUAUACCGCCCGUGCCUACGACGCUUCUAAUACUUUUAUGAUACUUUUGCAAAAUUAUCAAAUUUGAACCUAAUCGUCAAUCGUUUUGGCCACAUUGUCAAUGCCUACCUUAUCGGUUUUUUCCGUCAAUGGCUCAG